GUUUGAUUGGCGUGCCGGGGGUUUCAGUCGCAGCACGUGGAUGAAAACCACAUCACCCUUCAUUCCGAGAUGUACGUGCUUUUCUAACGGGGGUUUCUAUUGGUCGUCUGCCGCACAGCGCGUGAAAUUUGGUCGCGUGCAAUCCAUCGUCAGCAGUUGAAUUGAAAUUCAUCAGCGUUGGAUGUAAACGAAGAAAAUCUGGUAGAGUAAACGCAGAGAACUGUCAAUAUUUAAUGACCAGAAACUUUUACAGGGAUAUUUUACACGAUACAGUGUUAAAUAAUUGAGAUAGUGAGGCGAGUGAUGGAACUGCGUCCGAAUCGUCAUUAGGGGGAAUUUAGCAAGGAUGAGCAGAUUCUCUCAGCUGGAGUCUGUUUCAGAAUCAACAGCCGUGAGUUCUGAACGGAAGUGAUUAUUUUGUGACAAUAUGUCUACAUAUGACCACAGCGACACACACCGAGAAUAUGUAACAAAAAUUCGGAUUACGUAAUCAUGGCAAUUCGCUUUCUUAUAUACAAAAAGGAUUUAAUUCAUGUGCUGUUUUUGACUUUUCUAGUUUCAGUGCGUGCCUAUAACUACAAGAGACAGGUGCGCCCCACCUUUUUGGACACUGGCCGCCGUAACAUUACAGUGGCUAAGGGAGGAUUAGCUGAGCUCCGAUGUAGAAUUAGGAACCUGGGUCCCAAAGAGGUAGCGUGGCGGAAGCUCUCUAUGGACUAUCCCCUCACUGUGGGCACGUUCGUGUUCGAGAAAGAUGACCACAUCAGCGUGGACCACAAGACACUGUCUAGUGACGUAGCAGAGUGGAACCUCGUCAUCAAACGAGCGCAGCCGAAGCACAGCGGAACAUACGAGUGUCAGAUCAGCGCCACCAAUGUCCUCACCCAUCACGUCCAUCUUCACGUACUCGAUUCACCAUCCGGAGUGGAAUCUGCCAUUGAGUUGGGUGGGACAAAGUACGUCAAUUUAUACGACCCCAUAACCCUGACGUGCAAUGCGACGUUUGGGAGGGAUGCGCUGUCGAGUGCGCAGGUCGACUGGUUCCAUAACGGUCAGAUCAUCAAAUCUAGCGAUUCCCAUUGGUCGAACCGGCUCCGAAUCGCUCAAUACAUCGCCUCAGACGGUCGGACGAUCAUCAGCGAGUUACGGAUAACGCACAGCGUGCACGAAGACGACGGACGUUACGUAUGUAGGACGACUAAUUACGUCAACGACCGACAGGAAACAGAUAGCAUUGACGUCAUAGUCCUCACUACAGCAAAUAAAGAUAUUUCUAAAAGAACUGGCGAUAAAGCUGGAAUACAUGAUGGGGGAGGCAUGGCUAAAGCAGGACAAUCUGACAGAAAUGGGUCUAGUCACGUGAUGGCGUCCUUGUGCACAAACAUUGCACUUCUUUUGAUUGCGAUUGCUGUUUUAAGGUGAACGUAAUUGAAUCUUGAAGCAAAUACGUGUAAUAAGCAUGGGGAUGGAUAGGCCAGAUGCACCUUUGUUUUAGUGUGGAGACAGCGUAUCCUUGCUAACGGGUAAAAGGAUUUGACCACACCAAGCACAUGGCGGAGAAACGGGCUCUUGUCGUUUACACCCUCGUUUUGGGUUGAUUUGGACAAGGAUGUCCAAAAACGGAAUCAGAAAAUUUCACAUAUCGUUCAUUGAUGUAAUGGCGGGAAAACUUUGUCCGUCCAUCCUGUAUAUUGUGUUUCCUUGAGGCAUGCAGAGAGAGAGAGAGAGAGAAAGAAUAUUUUUCUAAAAAUCAAGAGUAUGAUUGUGUGUUUGAGUCUAUGAUUUCAUUGUAUAUAUAGCAAUAUGUCAUUGAAAAAUGGAACUGUAUUACAAACUGUAUAUAUAUUCAGCCUGAAUAUAUGAUAGUGUCACUGGGCUUCAACAAGACAGUUUGUUUCAAUUUAAGUUUCUCAUUUGUUUUUGAAAGUGUGUGCGGUCAUCAUAAUGAUGAAUCAUUUCUCGGCGCGACCAAUAUAGGUUUUGUUAUAGGGCGGUAAGUUUUUGGUAUUGUGUAGACGUUGGUUUUUUGCAUUCAAUAAUAUUCACCAAGUAGUGAAAACUUCGUAAAUAUUUUAUUUUUAUUCGCAGUAGAAGAUGUUUUUACAUUUUAUGUGUUCUAUGUUUUAUGAAGAAUGUUUUAAUCAGUUAUUAAAUCAGUUAUUAAAUUGAAUCUUUAAUUUAAAA